UGUACAGAUGCAAGUUGUCACAGGAGCCAAAUCUGAGCUGAGCUCUGACGCGCACUCCGACCAAUGGCAUCCAAGCCCACUCUCCUCGCACUCGCUGCAGCCAUGAUCGUGGCGGCGGCGUGCCUUCUCGGCGCCGCGGAGGCGAAGCUCGGCAGGCUCUUCGUCACCGGCGUCGUGCCGUGCAGCACUGGCAGCCUCAUCGACAUCGCCACCUCCCCCGCGUUCCCAAACGCGGAGGUGGAGCUGCGGUGCGCGGGGAAGGUGGUGGCGGGCGCGACGACGAACAUCAACGGGUCCUUCACGAUGGAGGCGGACCUGACGAGCGCGCUGGCGGCGUUCAUCGGUGGGUGCUCGCUGGUGGUGGACACGCCGCUCAUCAAGUGCGACGCCCAGCUGCCGCCGGCGGGGAAGCUCGUGUCCUACCUGAAGGGCCCGCUCACCAGGCUGCUAGGCGGCAUCUUCCACCUCUUCCCCGCCGGCUUCUCCUUCCACGGCCGAUGAAACUUGGCCAGUCGAAAGAUCUACAGCGAUCUUGUUAAUUACCUCGUGUCGACCCUUUAAUUUGCAUGGAGAUGAAAUGUACUGUGUGAUAAGUUGCAGGAGCUGCAUACUGUUGGCAUAACCGCAUAAGCUUGAAAUGACUGCAGAUUCGCUAAGUUGAGCAGCUAGAUAUGAUAAUUAGAGUUCUUGUUAGGACCAUCUAAACUGCCCUUUUGAGAAUUAAACUGCCCUUGACUCGGCCGCCCAUAGUAAUACAGGACUGUAUACAAUCGUAGUGCCUCCGAGAAAUGCUCUUAUCCCGUGCACAGGAGGUCACGUGCAUGUGCAUGUUUGUGCCGUUGAUUUCUCGCUUUAAGAUUCGUGCCACAUUGUU